AUGAGUAGACACGGUACGAAAUUUCAAAGUAAAUGACUGUUACUGAAAUAGUGAAGAACGUCUACUAUUAAAGUUACUAGACUUACCAAUACUGUAUCUUUUAUUAACAACUGUAUUCUAGGUUUCUUGAGCUGAGAAAAAAUGGCAGUCAGCGACUGAAAACGUCCUCCAAAAUAAUCCACUAAUUGCACUUUCUUGAAAUGAGAUGCGUUAUUGGUGUUAUUAAUAACCGUAUCGUAGAAUGAACGACUGGGUCGCAGGAAUGAUUGAGUUUUACUACUUCAGGCGAGACGAGGGAGCUCCGGCUGGACGAGGCGAGUUUCGAACGGGCGGUCACGCUACUUCGGCGGGUUCCGGAAUUCACUAUAGCCGCCGCUCUGCGACAGGAGGAGGCCAAUUCCGGGACGAUCGUCGCCUUUUCACAUGGGAACAAUAGAUAUUUGGAGCUGCAGAGCAGCGGCCGUAGAGACGAGCUUCGACUUCACUACGUAUCGCGCCGGGACGGUAGCGUCCACGUGGAGGCGUUUCCUUUUCGUCUGGCCGACGGCGCCUGGCACAAGGUCGCCCUGAGCGUGAGCGGCUCGCAGAUCGAGCUGCUCGUCGACUGUCAUCUCUUGUACAGGCGGUUGCUCAGGCCCGGACCACCUGACACCAAUUUCACUCUGCCGCAGCUUCAGCUUUGGGUUGGACAGAGAAAUGCCAGGCACUUUCUCUUCAAGGGUGCUUUGCAGGAUGUGAAGCUGAUAGCAGGCCCCCAUGGCUACCUGUCCCAGUGUCCGCUGCUCGACUCGUUCUGUCCCACUUGCGGUCAAUUUUCUAUAUUACAAAACACGGUGGAACAGCUGAUGCCCGCUGCAGAGGGCAGGAUAAGCAAAGUGGAGGAGUGCGAGUGCCAAAAGUCAUGCAGGGCAAACGGCACCGUCCACGAGGAUGGUGCAACCUGGGAGAAGGAUUGCCAACAGUGUUCCUGCAUUCACGGGGAGAUCGAAUGCAGGCAGACACCCUGCGCGCCCGUCAACUGCAAGAACCCUGUCAUUCCUAAGGGGCAAUGCUGUCCCAUUUGCUUAAAGCAAUGCUUCCUGUACGGAGUGCUCUACGAUCACGGCGAGAGAGUCUCGCCGAAGCAGUGCGUGCAGUGCGACUGUUUCGACGGCAGCUUCACUUGUCACAGGUUCGACACGGAUAAAAAAUGUCCACCGCUGCCCUGUCCACCGAGCGAGCAGAUUAGCGUAGCAGAGGAAUGCUGCAAGUUCUGUCCAGACGAAUGCAAGCAGCAAGGCGGCUCCGAGGGGCAUCACUGCAACGCGAACACGAAAUGCGUGAACGCGAUCGGCUCUUACACGUGCGAGUGUCUUCCGGGUUACCACAGAGUGGACAAGUUCAACUGCGCCGAAUUGGACGAGUGUGCUACCGGCCAUCACGCGUGCGACGAGCACGCCACCUGCGUCAACACCGUCGGAAGUUACUAUUGCACCUGCAAGGAAGGCUACUCCGGCGACGGUUACAUGUGCAAGCCUGUCUGCAAUCAAGUCUGUCAGAAUGGUGGGGAAUGCGUGGCGCCAGGAGAGUGUUCUUGCCGGCGUGGUUACGCCGGCAACAGUUGCGAAAUGGAUCUCGACGAGUGCGCGAGCAACAUGGACAACUGUCAUGAAACGUCGACGUGUGUCAAUAUGCCCGGUUGGUACUACUGUCGUUGCAAACCAGGCUACAGGAUCGGUCUGCACGAUAGUACCCAGGGUACGCAGUGUAUCGAUAUCGACGAAUGCAACGACCAAACGAUCGAGAGGAGGCACACCUGUCAUCCUAGUGCUACGUGCAUCAACACCGAGGGAGGUUACACGUGUAGUUGUCCAUCACACUCCUUUGACAAUCACACUAUGGAAGAAUGUAGGCUGAAAAUUUGUCUUUCUUCGGUUUUCACGUUUUCGAGCAGUGUUGCUGCUCUGUUCGUCGCUUUGACUUGUCAAGUUCAGAGUUCGAACGACGACGGGGGUGAGAAAUGUUUAAAAGAGAGAGAAUUCUCUGCAAUCUUGACAGGUUGCUGGUUCGAGGAUCGAGAGGUGAUGAACGGGGAGACUGUGCCGCAAGUCGGGAAUCCCUGCAGAAGUUGCACUUGCAAGAAUGGCGUCAUCACGUGCAAGGAUCCUGUCUGCGAUUGCAGCGCCCCUGGAAGUCGCACGGACAAAUGUUGCCCCCAAUGCGACCCUGCGGCCUCCUGCAGGCAUCAAGAUCUUCAUUACCUAAUCUUCAGAAGUGGCGAACGAUGGAUAUAUCAGUGUCAGACUUGCGAAUGCCUGUACGGUGAAAUAGAUUGCUGGCAGAUGGAGUGUCCACCAUUGACCUGCCCGAACCCCGUGACAGAGGACGGGGAUUGUUGCCCUCGUUGCGAGGACGAUCCGUGCCGAAGAGUGUUGCCUGGAAACGAUACCUCUCUCGAGGAUGUGACCAGAGCACGGCCUUGUAGUUACUCCGGCAUUAUCUACGAUAGUGGCAGCUCCUGGCAGGAUCCCCAUGACAAGUGCACCACGUGCGAGUGCAAGGUAAGGAGAACGCCAGAGUUCAGUCACUGGCAGACUGAAGAAUCACCGGUAUCGCAGGAUAAUAUAGAGGAGUUCGUGAGGAAAGAGAGAUGCGAAUCAGAGUGA